AUGGAUGCGCUAGAGGACACCAAGGACCCUGUGAAGCUGGAUGAGGCUCCACGUGGUCCACCUACCAGCUAUGGGCCGAUACAACGUGGAGAUGAUCGAGCUCUGGCGGUGAACCCGUUCUGGUCUGAGAAGGUCAGGGAUGACGCCUUGCUCAGAUCUUUGCGACCUCAAGGACUACCAGAGGCAUCAGCAUCCAGAGGACCAUCAGGACUGGAGGAUGGGUCGGAGGGUCUCCCAGAUAUGAGACAACUGGUGUCAAUGGUGCUUCAACAGAACGUGCAGCUGAAACAAGAACUAGAAGAACUCAAGGGGCAAGUGCAGUUCCAAACUACAAAGGUGGUUGAACAGGUGGUUGUGAAUGUAGGGGAGGGACAGCCUGGUGGACCAGUAGAGCCAACCCUGCAGGGAACCACUCAACAACUGUUGCCACUGGAAGACGUAAAAUCAGAGGUGAAAUCAGAAGAAGUAGAAAUUGGAACUGGAGUUGAAUGGAGAACGCCCCCAGAAUCGGUGUCAGCCAGGAAACCUCAAGGGUUAGGGGAUACCGCAAAUUCGAAUGAAUCCCAACGGAAUGGACAACCUGUCUCAGGUGCUGCAGGAACACAGGAACCCAGCACUCAGACUCAGGUACUUGGUCAGGUGGCACAAACUCUGACUUCCCUGGUCGCCCAGCUGUCUGCUGUGGCUGGAUCGGGUAGCGGAGAACAAGUUCAGCCUUGUGGACAAGGUCAACGAGUUGGUCAGUGCCAAGGACAAGGGCAGGGUCAACAUGCAAGUGGAGCUGACGGGCAUCUUCCCGAAGGAGGGCCAGGUCAAGCACAGUAUGGAGCCCUUCAUUAUGGAGGUCAAGGUGGGCACCCACCUAGUGGAGGACCAGGGCAACCACCGAAUGGAGAUGGCAGAGGACAUGGCUUUGGAGGCAUGCCCUAUGGACAAGGAUCAGGCCAGGGAGGCCACGGAAGAGGGAAUGGUGCUGGCUAUGGAGGUUAUGGAGUACCCCACAUGGCCCCGUUUCAACUGCCACAAGACAUGAUGUGGUAUCCUGGAAUGGCUGAGAAUGUGAGAUCAGUUGAACUUCCACUGCUUCCUGGUAUCCGAGAAGGCGAACUAGGAGGAACAGUGGUGGGAGAUUGGAUGACUAUGGUGGCUCCUAUCAUGAAGAGCCUGUCGAUGAACAGUACUGCAUGGUGGGAGGCUGUGACUCGAGCGGCUGGUGAGGCCUAUCAACUAUGGCUUGGAUCGGACCCUGUGAAUCGUCUCUAUGUUGGACCGGACAUUCCCAGGGAGUGCUACACCACAUGGGCUCGGGUAGAACAACGAGGUCAGAGCAUGCUUCUUGGAGCUCUACCUGAAGGAUUGAAGGGUGAAGUGCUGUCGACACGCAGUACCAACACCGUGGAGAUUCUUUACCGGAUCUAUGUCAGGUACCAACCUGGUGGACUUGGAGAAAAAACCCUGCUACUACGACAACUGGUGGAUGGGAAAACAGCUGGAGGACCAUCAGAGUUUGUCGAGCAGGUCCGUGGAUGGAAGCGCAACUUGCGCCGAGCUCAGGAGCUGAACGUGACCACUCCUGAUCCAACUUUGCUCAUGGGAGCUCUGGAUAAGAUGUCUAGCACGAUCAUCAAGACAUCUUCACAGAUGGCAUUCAGAUUGAACUCAACGAGGGCACAGCUGAUGGUGGACAUCAACCCUACGUUGGCCAGUGUCACCAACUAUGCCGACGCCAUUAUGGGAGAGGCUGAGGGACUUCUUCAUGCUGGAGUUCAAACUCAGACCACUGCCAAGGUCAAGGCGAUUGAUGGUGGAGUUGUGGAAGCCCCAGCUAAGGGGGAUGGAAAGGGAAAGAGCUCAGACAAGCCAGGCAGAACUCCGGCUUGCAAGUUCUUUGGGACUGAUGAUGGAUGUAAAAAGGGACAGGACUGCACCUACCAGCACGAUUGGUCGACUCUGGACAAGAAGGGCCCUCCUCGAUGCAGCUCAACCAAGCACUCAAGGCGAGAUUGCACUGUCAGGGCUAUGACAACUGGUGGUGGAACACCGGAUGCUGGAGGAAAAGGAAAGAAAGGUGGUGGCAAAGGAAAAGAUGGAGAAGGAGCUCCACCUACCCCGGCUGUGAAGAAAGCAGACAAGCCGGAAGACACCUCGAAAGGGGUGUGCAGUGAUGCGCCGGCUAGUCACCCUGGAGGAGAGGGGGACUUGGGCCGUGCUGCUCCUGCGGUGGCGGCUCAUCAAGAGCUUCUCCAAGAGGCCACCACGUUGCUGAAGACGCUGCGGGGGCCAGCUCUUCAAGCAAUCAAGCUCAACAGCCUCGAAGUCCAGGAAGAAGGCAAGACAUUGCUGGACGGGGGUGCAACCCACGCACUUCGAACGGCAUCGGACUUGGAAGAGUGGAAAGCCGCAGUGGAAGUGCGGGUGGAGCUUGCACAAGGUUCGGUGACGCUCCGCCAACUCCCUUGGUCGAAAACGCUCCUUUCACUGGCACCAGUACAAAGCAUCGUGCCGCUGGGAAUUUUGGCGGAGAUCGGAUACGCCAUCAGGUGGGAGGGGACGACCUUUGAGCUCACCGAUCCCUCGGGAUGCAUCCUGGACACGGAGCUGGAUGGAGCAUGUCCAACGGUCUCUGAGACACUUGGCUUGGAGCUGAUCAAGGAGGUCGAGAGGCACUUCAUUCAGAAAAGAGCCCGGCUAGCGGUGCUUCGAGGAGAAGGGAAUCCUGGAAAUUUGACGGCGGAGCAUGUCAAGGAGCUGGAGGAAAUCAGAAUGAUGUUUCCACUCAUUCCUGAGGAGAUCUUGGUGAGAGUACUUCCAAGACGAGAUGGCCGCGAUCAAUGGCGUGAAGGGGAUCUUCCAUGGAAUCGCCACCGACGGAGGAGAUUGAGAAAGGCAUCUCAGGUGAUCAUUCACCUCUUCUCAGGAAAGGAUGAGAACUUUUGGAGGAAGGAGCUGGAGAAUCAACACCGAGCGGUUCUCUGCUUGGACAUGGAACUGGAUCAGAGGCAGAACCUGCUGAGAGAUGACAUUAUGGAGUUUUUGAUGGAGCUGGCCGAUAGUGGCAGAGCAGUGGCAUGGCUGGGAGGACCACCAUGCAGGACUAUGUCAAGGCUGAGGUAUCGUCAACCCGGUCCUCCGCCAUUGAGAUCAAGGGAGGGAGCAGAGCGCUUUGGACUCCACGGACUGGAUGAGAGCCUCAAGAAAAGAGUCAUUGAUGACACCAUCCUGUGGCUUCGUCAGUACUACCUCUACCACAGGGCCAAGAAGGUCUCUCAGCAGAAGGUGCUCUAUCUGUCAGAGCAGCCGGAAGAUCCGGAGAACUACUUGGAGGAGGAGAUGAUCAAGAAGCAGAGGUACCCGAGCUACUGGGCGUUUCCAGAAUGGAAGUGGAUGAAGGAGACCAACGACUUCAUUGAAGUCCACUUCGAUCAAGGUCGAACAGGCCAUAUCAAACGAAAGCCGACUACACUGGGCACCAAUAUCUAUGAACUUCAACAUCUACAAGGACUACGUGGUCCUGGGUCAUCACGAGAAGGAGGAGCUGAUGAACUCACUGUGGAACAGAGAAUUCAACUGUCCCGCACUUGGGCAGCUUGGUCCCCAGGGCUCAAAAACGCCAUUGUUACAGCUGUGAAGAAUGAGCUCGAUGGAAGGAUCAAGAGACUCACGCUGGAGCAGUGGAAGGCUCAUCUUCUCAACGACCAUCAACCCUACUAUAGGGGCUGCAGAACCUGCUUGGAGGCAUGUGGGCAGUCGAGGCACCAUCGGAGAGUUGUGACCCCCGACUCCUACACUUUGGCCAUUGACUUGGCAGGGCCUUUCAAGAAAGGAGAAGACCAACUGGGUCAUGGGAGAUACAUGUUGGUUGGAAGUUUCACUGUGCCAGUCUCCAAGGAUGGACGAGCACUACAUCUGAAAACAGAGGAGGAGGAUUCAGCCCAUCGCUGCGGCAACCCGAGAGUAGAGGGGGGCCGGUUUGCGUCGGCUGCCAGUGGCGCUGAGGAUGAUGAUCACCCUGGAGGAGAGGGCAGACCCAUCCCAGCCCCUGGACCCAUUGAAGGUGGAAUCUUCAAUGAUCCGGAUGAUCCAGAGGAGGUUCAACAGCAUGAAGCAGGAGACGAUCCUCUCUUGGAAGAAGAUGAUCAAAUGGCUUCACUUACCAAGGACGAGAAGAAAGAUGACACUGAGGAAUGGAAAAGAAAGAUCGAGGAAGAGCAGAACUUCGAGGUGAAACAGAUCACCCUGGUCGAGCCAAUUCUCCAAUUUGGAAGAGAGGCCUACGCCAUGCAGAAGAUCUGGAAUGAGAAGUACCAGGACUGGAAGAUGACUCGUCGCAGGGUCACCAUCAUGGGCCCCGAUGUGGCGAUGUCAGCAUCGAUGCCUGGGUACUAUGUCAGAGGGGAAGACGGGAAGUACUUCCACUCGUCAGAUGUGGUCACUGCAGAGGGGCCGCCACCCGAAGCUCAACUGGAGGAGGCUGAGCUUGGGCUUCUUCAAGAUCAUGGAGGUCGAAGAAGGAUCACUGGGAAGACCACGAUGCUCAGCACUUUGAGAGCGGAUGAGAACUCACAAGUUGCAGUCUCCGAAAUUGAACAGAGACGACUUCGGGGGCUACAGCUUCUGAUGGAGGAGUUGGACAUUCAGGAUACGGACUUGGAUCAGUCAGCAGAGUCAUCGACUGAGGAUGAGAAGACAGGAUCUGAUCGAUUCAUCAGAGCCUUACUGACUGAUGUGGAGGGAUUGGCAGACCAGCUGAUUGAAGUGGAGCAGGACCACCAACAUCAGGAAACAGUUGAUAUCGAACUUGCUGCUGAGAAUCAGGAGGUCUUUCUCCAAACACGAAUGUUUUCUCUGGCGGAGGUCAAGGCCAAUCUGGCGGAAUGGAUUCCCAGCAUGAAGAGUGAGCUGGACUCCCUGAUGAUUGAGACCGGUGCCAUUAAAGAGAUCACGUGGAAGGAGGCCGAUCGAUUGAGGAGAGAGGCUGAAUCCAAAGGAGUGCUGUUCGAGAAGAUCCCAGCCAAGGCAGUUUUCUCAAGAAAGGCAGGCAGUGGAAAACGAAAAUGUCGUGCCUGUGCCUGUGGAAACUACAUGGCUCAGAGGGACCAGUUGGACACCUAUGCAGGUGGCACUGGAGCCACAGAAGUUCGAACAGCACUGAGAAAAGCUGGUUUGGAGGGUUGGAGCGCUGCUCAGAAGACCAAUGACCAAGACAUCUGGAAGAUUGUGGCGCUCAGUCAAUCCCCUGCAGAGCCUAGCCGGUUUCCCAGAGGAGGAGAAGCCGAAUCUACGAUGACUGAUGGUAAGACCGUUGGUCUUUUCGUCACCUAUGUGGACGACAUCCUGGCCGUUGGUGAGAAGGAGGUGCUUCAAGGAUUUUGCACCAGAAUGAAAGAGGAGUGGGAGGUUGGAGCACCAGACUGGGUGACCCCGGAUGGCCCAUCGGUGAGAUUCUUGGGCAUGGAGAUUGAGCUCAAGGACCAGAAGUUCCGGAUCCAUCAAAGGGCCUACAUCCAGAACUUGCUCGAGAAAUACCCCCAUGAGAAGCCGGGAUCAUUGGCUUCAAUCCGUCCGCCUGAGCCGGAGGAUCACAUUGACCCCAAGGAGUGCAGAUUGCCCAACGUCAGACUGGUGAACUGCUUUGGGUAG